AUGGCGCAACAUCCACGCUCCGGUUUUGUUGGACGUUUUAUGAAUUUGUUGCCCCGUGCACAACGUGAGCAACAUGAGCAGCAUCAUUUCCCCCCUAUGACCUCACCGGGGGUUUUUCCCCCGACGACCCCUGGGAUGCUGCCGGGCGGAGAUUUAGAGGCAAUGGGUGCCGCCGCAAUGCCACCUCCUGUCCCGCCGCCGCCGUCGCCGCCGCAGCAGCAGCAACCACAACAGCACCACCACUCCUACCACCCACAGCAACAACAACAACCCCGCCACCUGACCAUCUCCACCACCGACAUCGGAUCCCUCAUUCCGCCGCAGGACAAAUUACUCGUCUUCCGCGCGUUGACGGGGAUCGACAGCAUCCCCGCGCUAACGACACUGCAACACUACCGCCGCACGGCGCCCAACAUCGGCAUCUACACCCGCGUCGUCAAGGCGGAGCACUCGGCGGAGCGGCGAUACCGGUUUUUUAGUGUCUUGAUCAACGUGUGCCUGGGGAUCCAGAUCGUGGUGGCAGCGGCCCUGACGGCGCUGGGCGCCGCCAGCGGGCCGCACUCGGCGGUGACGGCAUUUGGGGCGAUCAAUACGAUCAUGGCGGGGGUGCUCACGUACCUCAAGGGCUCUGGGUUGCCCGACCGGCUGAAACACUAUCAGAACGAGUGGCGCAACAUCCGCGAGUACAUCGAGCAGCGCGAGCGCGAGCUUUGUUUGAGUGGCUGCGAGCUGGACAUCCAGGAGGAGAUCCACAUCAUCGAGUACAUGUACGAGGGGGUGAAGCGCGAGAUCGACCAGACGAAAAGCACGGAGAAUCGGGCGGCGCCGCGCGAGGGGGGCCCGAACCGCCGGAUGUUCUAUCCGCAGCAUAGACAGCAACAGCAACAGCCGCAGCAGGUGCAGCAGAUGCAGCAGCAACAGCAACAGGGCCCGAUGUAUCCUCCACCGCAACCACGCUCACCGUAUCCCAAUGAACCGUAUGUAGUGGAGAGGGUUCGGAGUCCGGCGCCGACGGAGGGCAAGCCGUGA